CAAGUGACCUCUUCGUCCCUUGACUCCUCUUUCCUCAAGUCUAGAAACCAUCAGAAGAAAUGACCAGUCAACAACCAGAGGAGCCUGUGGAGACUCAGAGCUCAGAUGAGCUUGAGUGCAAGAUCUGUUACAACCGCUAUAACCUGCGGCAGAGAAAGCCAAAAGUGCUGGAGUGUUGUCACAGAGUGUGUGCCAAAUGCCUUUGCAAGAUCAUAGACUUUGGUGAUUCCCCACAAGGAGUCAUAGUAUGCCCGUUUUGCAGGUUUGAAACUUGCCUGCCAGACGAUGAGGUUAGUAGUCUUCCUGAUGACAACAACAUCCUUCUGAAUUUAGCUUGUGGGGGAAAGGGAAAGAAGUGUCUACCAGACAACCCAACAGAACUGUUGCUGACUCCCAAAAGGUUGGCAUCUCUGGUUAGCCCUUCUCACACCUCUUCCAAUUGCCUGGUUAUAACAAUCAUGGAAGUACAAAGAGAGAGUCCCCAGACUCUGAACUCAACCCCUGUGGUGGAAUUUUACAGGCCUACAAGUUUUGACUCUGUUGCAACUGUGUCCCACAACUGGACAGUGUGGAACUGCACAUCUUUGCUCUUCCAGACCUCAAUUCGGGUGCUAGUGUGGUUGCUAGGGUUGCUGUACUUUAGUUCCUUGCCUUUAGGGAUUUAUUUACUGGUAUCUAAGAAGGUCACCCUUGGGGUUGUCUUUGUAAGCCUUGUUCCUUCGAGCCUUGUUAUUCUCAUGGUUUAUGGCUUUUGCCAGUGUGUUUGCCAUGAAGUUCUAGACUGCAUGUCAUCUUGAUAAAAAAUACAGUCAAUGUAUGGCCACAUGUGUAGCACAGUUGAUUUCUCCUGUCUUUGUAUUCUUAUUUAUUCUUAUUGUUGUCUAUCCCACUAAAUGGAAGCAGUGGCCCUAGUUACACGGUCCUUUUUUUCUACUUGAUUUUAUCCCCCCCCCCCCCUCCUUUUUUUUAAGCUAAAUAAUGGAAAUAAAAUUUGCAUACUGAUUUUAAGAGGUCAAAUUGUAAAAAGGGAUAAAGCAAAAUUGCCAAACUUGGUGCCUCCUGCUGCUGCCACUAUUCAUAUGAGUACCCUUUUCCUUUCUCUGGCUUAUCAUGCCAGCUAAGGCUGCAGGAUCCAACCUAGAAUAAAUGAGUAUAACGGGCACCUUCCAGGUCAAAGAACAGCACCUCUUCAUCCAGAGUAUCUCAUGCUUCGGAAUAUCUUUCAUUUCUGCCAGCAAAUGAAAUACCUUUAUUAGUUAUUACUAUAAAAAGAAAAAGACAAGCUACCAUUGCUUUUUUCAGUUCUUGUUAUAGCAAAAAUACUUGUGGGAGGCCAGUGGUCGAAGUGGUUUUGAUUUCUGUGACAUGAGAAAUCUUUUUCUAGGGUUUUGUUUUUUUUCCCCAAGCAGAAGCCCACUUUACUCAUCAUAUAGUUGCAGCUUCCUCUGAGAUAUUCCUGCUAAUGAGUACUUUCAGGAACCCAGCCAAACAUUUGCUCUUCUCUAGGUGCACUUCUUUCAGUGUGCAUCCAUCUUAGGCUUCCCUUUAAGAGUUCAGAGCAGACUUCUCUAGCUAUGCUUUCUUAUGGUUACCCUCCCAAGAUUUCCACCACCACACCAUGUUUCCAACCUAUUAGUCCUCAUAACAAGUUGCCUGAUCAACUUCAUGCACAUCUAUCCUGU